UUCUCUACCCUUAUUAUCAGGUGCUGUUUUGAUUCUAGGGCUAAUAUCAUAUUUGGAUUUGACGAUGACGAAGGAGUAUGUGAUGCUCAUGCUGCUGAUGAUGAUAGUUUUUGCACCGUUUCUCCCACCAUUACAGUUUUUCGGCAGUUCAGAUGGAAUUAUUUUGACAGGUCCUGAUUUCACCCGCAAAUUCCACACCGUCGAAUCUAAUACCGCUGACUCUGUGGAAAUCAGAGUGUGUGACGCAAUUGGAGUGGUUUACAUGGCUGAGUCACUCCACCCAUGCGAAAAUUUGAUCUUGGAAAGAGACAUGUUGAUGAUGUCAACAACAACAACUAGAUCCUUCUUUGUAACAAAAGGAACUGCACAAGUAGUAAACAAGUACAUUUGUCGGCCAGAUGUAGCAGUCAUGCGUGUCCCUAUUCAUACUGACCAACUUUACGGAUUAAUCACCAGGGGUCUUCUCUUCUACACCUCCGUCUUCCUCCUCUUACGUUUCUUUCAGUUAGCAAUUCCCGAGUCUGAAUAAAAUAAUGCAUGUUAGCACUGGACUACACAUUGGAUCCU